UUUCUCGCUUGGCUUUAUAUUAUUAAGUGGAAUGAAAUUCCCCGAAAAUACUCUCGAGAUCCUGCGGUUGUGAGAAAAAAGGUUCAACAGUUGCAGAAACGUUCGUCUCGUCUCGUUUCAGGAUUGAAGAUCUUCGACACGUGCAACGACGAGAUGACAGUGUACAAACAAGCGUUGCAGACGACCGUAGACGCGGACUGCACCGGCCAUUACGAAAUGGGAAUAUUAUUACCAAGCGAGUACACAACGAUCUUAGAACCGCUUCGUAAUUACAGCGUGUUGCCGAUCAGCUCGUACAACGAGCAGAAUUUGACAAGGCCCCUGAUCAAUCUGAUGGUACACUACGUUAGCACCAGGUUCGAAACGAUCGACGUACUCCUGACUAACCACGAUUUCCCGUUGAAUUCGUUUCUGGAUGCAACGAAGGAGGCGGGCAUUUGCGUGAAAAAGUACGCAGACAGUUUACAGUUGGAGGAGGACGAAACGGAGAUCGUGAUCGCCGCGAUCGGACAUAGGAACGACAUUCGACAAUGGAUCGAGAGGGGAGAGAAGAUGCAAGGAUCGAGGAAAACGUGGAUCGCGUUGCCCCUCGAUGGAUCGAACGUCGACGACGUGAUCCCUCCAGGUUCGUACGUGGUGCGAACGUCGCCGUUCGACCUGGACCUACUGCAGGAGAUCUCCUCGCCAGAUUUGUUCCUGGAGGCAGCGACCAGCCCCGUAAUUCAUUCGCCGCAUUUGCUCGGUAUCGGCAAAGCGAUCGUCGAAUUGGCCCAGCUGCUGCACGACCUUCACAAACGGAACUGUCCACGAGGGGUCGAGCGGUGCGCGAUGCCGCGCUUCAACGCGAACUCGAAACAGGAAAUGCGAAACGCGGACGUGUACAACGCGCUGCGCAUACUGCCGAAAUCGCACUCGAUCAAGUACAUCGUGGCGAUGAGGAGCCAGCAGGAGAUCGUCGACAUGGCCGCGUACAGGAUAGAGCCGGCGAAUUCGAAAUUCAGAAUCACGCCGGUGUCCAGGGUGCCGAAGAUGCCCAAGCUCUGCUCGAAGAAGCACGCGAGGAACUGCGAUGGUUGCGCGAACUUCAAGAACAGAUUCGGCCCUCGCAGUGUCACCAAA